CUUUCUGCGCAGCAUCAGCUGGAUCCCAAUAUCUACCAAGUGAAACCACAGAAACAGCAUAUGGAUCAAAACCGAUCUGAAAAUAAUACUAACCAACAACAAAACGUCCAUCUUCAUAUGCACCACGUCUGCAAUUGCCAAGGCAACGUCUAUCCAACUUAUUACCCUGCAGUGGGAUAUCGGACUCCUGUUCCAUCUUUGGUAACAUAUCCGCCGCCACCAGUACCCAGACCAUAUUUUCAGCAUUAUCAGUACACGCAGUUCAAUAUGGGAAACCAAUAUUCAGUACCAAUGACCCAUGUUGCCGCUUCAUCCCCAGUUUAUGGUUCCGGCUCAACUGCCCCUCCUGAUAUGGGUUUUGGAGGGGUUUCAAGAGAACGAAGAGAAAAAGGAGACUCGCAAGAAGAAAAUAGCGACAUAGAACGAAUCGUUGAGACAACAAACUAUGAUUAUUGUCAAAUUACUCCACCUGCUAGUGAGUUAUUGUUGACGGACAAUGCUGACAAUGCAUCCCCGGAGAAUUUUGUUAAAUUUCUUGAACGUAGCUGUUUGACGGCUGAACAAAUAGCAUACAGAAACAGAAAUAGACCGUGCUUUCGAAACAUUCAGAAUUUGUGCAUCCGAACAAGAUCCGAAAUUCUCAAGCCUUGCACAACUAUUUCAAAUAUUCAUUCCCAAGGUAUACCAUGGGCAACCAAAGAUUUCAUAUAUGCAUUCGUCAGGCUGACUAACUGCUGGCAUAUUUUAAAAGGAUAUUGGGAGAAUAGAGAUGGUUCUAGUUUAGGAAAAAUUGAGAAAGAGUUGACCCCAGAAUUUCGAGCUUGUUACGUAAGAUGGGAGAAGGAGACCAUGGAACUAGCUUCCCAGCUUACAAGAGUAUUCUAUAACCUCGAUACCAACCUUGUUACACCACAAGUCAACAUUCUGAAGACUCCUUCAGGUGACAGUGUUGUGAAAAAAAAUCUGACUACUGAUACUGUAACCACCUCCACUUUACCAACUAUACAAAUGAACAAUUCUGUAAAAAAUGUGAGAGGAAUAAUUCAUUUGCCGAGUGCCCCCGUUACCGAAACUGUAGAUCAGGCCAAUCAGACAUAUUCUGGUGAUUUCUGUAAGAGCAAAGAGGAGGGGUUUGAUUCAGAAGAAGAAAGAAGAGUAAGCAGAUAA